AUGGCGGUACAGCAAUCCGAGCCCGUGGAGGGUCUAGGAUCUUCCGUGCCAGAUCACACCGCAGACCCCAUCGAUGAGAAAUUCCAGGACCAGCAUACUGAGUAUGAGGAGAAGGUUCAGGUUAAAGCUGACUAUUCUGGGGCCGUGGCCAAGACAAGCCCCGAGGAGAAGAAGCUCGUUAGGAAGUUGGACAUCUGGAUCAUGGCAAACCGCAACGCCAUCACUCUCGCUCGUCUCAAUGGCUUUCAAAAGGACCUCGGACUCACCAGUUCCCAAUAUAGCACUGCUAUUUCUCUCCUGUUCGUCGGAUACAUCCUUGGACAAAUACCUAGCAACAUGAUUAUCACUCGGGUAAGACCUUCGUGGUACAUGGGUAUCUGCAUGAUGGGCUGGGCGAUUGUAAGUGGACUUACGGCCAUCGUGCACAACUACACCGGCAUCGUGCUUGUGCGCUUCUUCUUGGGCGUAGUCGAGGCCCCGUACUACCCAGGAGCACUCUACCUCUUAAGCAUCUUUUACACGAGAAAGGAGAUUGCGACACGCAUCAGCAUUCUCUAUUCUGGCAACAUCCUCGCGUCGUCCUUUGCAGGACUCAUUGCCCUUGGCGUCUUCAAACUCGAUAACGUCCAUGGCAUCAGCGGAUGGCGGUGGCUUUUCAUAAUACAGGGAAUCGUCACCUUUGUCAUCGCCGUAGCAGCCUGCUUUAUCCUCCCUGACGAGCCUCUAAUCACAUGGUGGCUCAACCCCGAAGAACGCCAACUUGCGCACGCUCGGGUGGCAAGAGACACGGUUGGCCACUCCGCCGACGUCUCCAUGCUUGCCGGCCUCAAGGAAGCUAUCCGCGACCCUAAAGUUUGGGUAUUCGUAUACAUGCAACACCUUCACAUCGCGACCAACGGAUUCAAAAACUUCAUGCCGACGAUUGUUAAUACGCUAGGCUUUUCACAGGAAGUCACACUUGUAUUAACAUGCCCACCGUACUUGAUAGCAGGGGCAUUCUCCGUCGCAUGGGCCAUAUCAUCUGGUCAUUACAACGAGCGCACCUGGCACAUUACCAUCGCUAAAGGCGUGGCUGUCUUUGGAUUCGUGCUUGGCUGCGCGACUAUCAAUGUAGGCGCGAGAUACUUCGCCAUGUGCGUUUUCACUAUUGGCACGUACGGCGUUAACAGCAUUAUCCUUGGAUGGGUGUCCUCGACGUGUGGGCAGACGAGGGAGAAGAAAUCUGCUGCUUUGGCUAUCGCCAACGUCGCGGCUACCCUCAGCUUGAUCUGGACUCCCUAUAUCUGGCCAGAAUGGUCGGAGCCGCGGUUCGUCUUCCCCUUGUCGAUGAGUGCUGGUAUGGCACUGAUGUGUGCGGCGGGCGCGUGGUUCAUGCGCUGGUGGUUAAUUCGGGAGAAUAGGAGGAUCAAGAGCUCAAACUCUGAGACUACAAUGUUCUACGCCUAUUGA